AUGGAUUUUAAUGAAUGUUUCAUUCAUCCAAAGUCAUUCUCUUUAGACCCUAACAUUUAUACAGAACUUGUAGAACAUUAUACAAACGAGGCUUUAUGUUUUCCUGUUAAAGUUAUGGAUUGGAUUCCUAUGGACGGUUCAUUCUCAAAGAAUACAGAUAGUUCAAGUGCAACAUUUACAGCAGCUUAUACGCCUAUUAAUGUUAAAAGUAUUUGGGCACUAUUUAGAAAGAAAGACAACUAUUAUGUUAAUUUUGAGAACCCUAAGUUUAAAUAUCUUCAGCUUUCCAUGGGAGCUUAUGGAAAUAUGCCUGCAGAACCUGAAAAAUCAUAUGGACCUGUAUUUUAUGAAAUGGUUGCGAACGCUUGCAAUACAAACAAUGAUAUGAUAGGAUUUAAUGAAGAUGUUAUGAGGUCAUUGGUGGAUGAUGGUAGUGUGGAACAUAAAUGGGAUAGCUAUGACAACACACAUUUCUUAUGUGGUUUUCCAACAGAAGUGGACUUUUGCUUCCAACAAGGUCAAACAUCUACUGCUCCAAUAACAUACAAAUUGUCUGUUAAAGGACCUAUUGAACUAGCAACUGAAAACGUACCAAAGCCACUUAUUGGAUUUAUGAGGGAUUGUUGCUUUGCCAUUCAGGUGCGUGCUAAUGGAAUCCCAAUAAUAAGAUUAGAUGACUAUAACUUAGCUACGGACGACAGUGAGGAAUAA